UUUAAUUAAAACAUUUAAAACGCUUACGAUGUAAAAACUUAGGUGUGAAAUCAUGCGGCUACUGGUGUUUCUCGCAGUUCUUUUUACUUUUACUUUAAAAGAUUCGUCGGCAGCGUGUCCAUGCGAACGAGAGGAACUCUGUCAACCCAUCCAACAGGAACAUGAGUUCGAGGUAUUCGUAUUUGAUGUUGGGAAGAAAGCCUGGAAAUCCUAUGACUGGUCCAAAGUAACAACAGUUGCUGCAUUUGGAAAGUAUGACGCUGAGCUGAUGUGCUAUGCUCAUUCCAAAGGGGCUCGUCUUGUUUUAAAAGGUGACGUACCAGUCGCAGAUAUUGUGGAUGAUGUCAAAAGAAAAGAAUGGAUCACGGAAAAACUCAAUUUGGCUAAAAGCCAGUUCAUGGAUGGUAUAAACAUAGACAUUGAGCAGGCUGUAGAGACUUCUUCACCUGAGUACUAUGCUCUGACUGCCCUUGUUAAAGAGACCACUGACGCGUUUCAUAAAGAAAUUCCAGGCUCUCAGGUAUCCUUUGAUGUGGCUUGGUCACCCAAGUGCAUUGAUAAGCGCUGUUAUGACUACACCGCUAUAGCAGAUUCCUGUGACCUGGUCUUUGUAAUGUCUUAUGAUGAAAUGAGUCAGAUCUGGGGGGACUGCAUCGCAAUGGCAAAUGCACCAUUUAACCAAACAUUAGCAGGGUAUGAUCAGUACAUUAAUCUAAAAAUAGAUCCAAAGAAACUGGUGAUGGGAGUUCCAUGGUAUGGGUAUGACUACCCAUGUCUAAAUUUCUCACAGGAGGGUAUUUGUACGAUUCCUAAAGUGCCUUUCAGAGGAGCUCCUUGCAGUGAUGCGGCUGGAAAGCAAAUCCCUUACAGUACUAUAAUGAAGCAGAUCAACAACUCCAUGUCUGGAAGGAAAUGGGAUGAAGUCCAGCUUGCUCCUUAUUACAAUUACAAGGAUGGGGAAGGGAAAAUCCAUCAGGUGUGGUUCGAUGACCCCGAAAGCAUCUCUUUGAAAGCUGCCUAUGUGGGACAGCAGGGUUUGAGAGGGGUUGGCAUGUGGAAUGGAAAUAUUCUCGACUACAGCGAUGACCCUGUCGCCAAGCUGCAAAGUGCUGCAAUGUGGAACGCUCUCAUCCCAAACCAACGUACAGAGCCUGUUACACAGAAUAAAACCCUGUCCCAGGAAUUAAAAUUGGAAGGAUUCAAUGACAUUUAACUGUCAGUAAGAAUAACAUAUUCCUGCAGACUAAAUUACGUCUUCUGCUUAUACUGAUUAACGUUUUAGUCACAAUAAAAAGAAAGGUGAAAUUAAUGACAAAUGAUGGUAAAAAAAUAUAAAAUUUAAAAAAAAAUUAUUGUGAAUGUAUACUGACAAUUAAAAGGAAUUUACUGA